GGUCGAGCGUGGGACGUCGGUGUCAAUGUGACGCUUGACUGUGUGACAGAGCGCACGCACGCGGCGCACAGGGGACCCGUGGGGUGUCGUGGACUCUGGGGGCAAACACCUUACAGGGAAAAGCUCAGCCCUGCAGCUUCCGGGCCGGGGACACAAACCCAUGCUGCCUCCUGCGCUGCCGAACCGCAGGGCACGACCCUCCAGCCGAUGACGUAGGGCCGAGGCUCACCCGGGAGACUAAAGCAAAAGAAUAAAACACACAACUACACAAACACGUCUUAAAUGUGGAUUUAAAACACAUCCAAACGAAGUGAGUCUAAUACAAGGAAGACAGAGCAGAAGUGAUGGCUGGACUCUCCCCCACCCUCGGCGUCACUCCGGCGGUCUGAGCUCAGCAGCUUCGCCUGCUCCGGAACCCAGCGAAGCCUCCGUAGAUGAAGAGAGUGGCACAGGCUUUGGACCAGUGAGGUACGCGCUGCGUCUCUUACACGAGGAAAUUAGGGCCAGUUGUUUCGUAGAUUGCUCUACAUGCAGCCGAGAAAUGGGCUGUAUCAGCUCCAAGGCGCCAGUCGGUGAAUGUUGACGACACCGUUGAAAUGUUACCAAAAUCGAGGAGAGCUCUCACCAUCCAAGAGAUCGCCGCGCUGGCGCGAUCCUCCCUCCACGGUAUCUCCCAGGUGGUGAAGGACCACGUGACCAAGCCCACGGCCAUGGCGCAGGGCCGCGUGGCCCACCUCAUAGAGUGGAAGGGCUGGUGCAAGCCCAUGGACACGCCGGCAGCGCUCGAGUCCGACUUCAACUCCUACUCGGACCUCAGCGAGGGAGAGCAGGAGGCGCGCUUUGCUGCCGGUGUGGCGGAGCAGUUCGCCAUCGCCGAGGCCAAGCUCAGGGCCUGGUCCUCCGUGGACGGCGACGAGUCCAACGAUGACUCAUACGACGAGGACUUUCUGCCUGCCAACGAGCCCACCACCCAGAGCACAGAUGUGCCGUCGUAUCCUCCCUACUUGAAGGACCUGAUCCACAGCCAGCUUUGCCAACACCUGGGCCUGAGGGGGCCGUGCUGCGAGGGCGACGGCGGCGGCGGCGGCGGCGGCAGCGGCGACCCCUCCCCCACGGCCGGAUCCCCGGACACCCUGUGCUCCAGCAUCUGCAGCCUGGACGAGCAGCACCCGCUGCUGCGCGACCUGGGCGCCCGCCGCGGGCCCCACUCCCACUUCCACUCCCACUCCCACGGCAACGCCGCGGAGCUCGCCGCCAAGAUCCUGUCGGCGCUGCAGGGGGGGGAGGAGCUGCUGGCCCGGCUGCAGAGGGCGGGGCAGGGCCGGCCCGGCGCCGGGGACUGCGGCCUCCACGGGCCGGGCGGGGGGGGGCGGGGCAUCCGGCCCCGCGGGGGCCAGGACUCGCCCUGCUACUCGGUGUCGUACUCGGAGACGUACCUGUCGCCGGGCGAGGACGACGACGCCCCCUGCAAGGACUACGGGAGCGCGGCGUGCCCGGCGGAGGCGGGGGGCGCCGCGCUGGAGUUCCCGGCCGACUACGACCCGCGCAGGCGGGUGUCCGACGUGGCGUCCUCCGGGGUGGUGUCGCUGGACGAGGAGGACGAGGAGGACGAGGACGCGGCCGCGGAGCCGAGCGACCAGUGACUCUCCGCCUCCCGUGGCGCUGUUGAAUCCCUCCAGGUUCUUGUUUCGAGGGGUCCACUUUUUGCAGCAGCGUCCUGGUUCCGUUGACCUUCACGCAUGUGGGUUUGUGCGUGUAACUCAUCCGUCUCUGCCUUACUUGCAGCAUUUCAGCCCCCUCCUCCACCUCCCACCUGCUUCGCCCCCCCCCCAUUCGGUGUAUGGGCUCUUUCCUUUGACGGCGUCUAAACAAUCUUUUUUCAACCAGCGUGAGAGGAGGCGUGUCGGACUCCGGCGCCGCCGGUCCAGGGACUUGCUCGCGGGCUCGACGCCCGCGGUUUCCGGCUCGGCCCGCGGCCGUGGGAGCGACUCGGCACCGGCUGAGCCCGAAACUCUGACUUAUCUCUGCAUGUGUUUUGCAAGCGCUGACCGUGAUGGGCUGACCCGGUCUUGAGCACGGUUCGUACCCUCAGCUGUUCUGUAGAACCCCCGGCCCAUUUCCACGGUGUCUCCCACGGGAGGGCAGGUUGACAUUGCAUCCUGGGGCCUGCCCUCACCCCCCCACUCCCCCACCCCCCUCCUUUGCAAGAGACAGAAUAGCAUCCUUCUGGGCAUGGCUUGCUGGGUUUGCCAAACUAUUUAACCCUGUCACUAUCAAUUAUGAGCAAAUGCUGGAAUGUCGUUAAAGUGACAGGACUCGAUAUGUAUUUUAAAAUUACAAAGUUAAAAAAAAUUGUCACGAUUGAUCUGACAAAAAAUGCUUUUAUUGUACUAGUUUUCUAUCACUCAACCAUGUUGUUGUUCACCUUAUUUCGGGCGUCAUUAUGAUCUGCUGUAAUGACCAACCAGGGCGACUGGGAGUUCUGGGGGGUUCUGUGGGUUCCUGCAUGGAACACACAAGGACGAGCAUCGGUGUCUUUAACGCACAGCGGCUGCAGCAGCAACAAGUGCAGACGGAAUGUUCCUGCAGUGACCCCGUCGGCAGGAGGCGGAAAAGUCGCGUUUCUGCAUCGGAGAUUUUCUAUAUUUUUGUAUGCGUCGUCUUGCUUUGAUCUCUUGCCUAUGCGGCGUGCCAGUGUAUGUGGUUUUUUGCACGAAGCUAAUGUGGCUGUAGUUUUCUCAUUUUCUUCGUUAUCACUGUGUGAUAUAGUCUACUGGGAAAAAAACAACAAUACAAAUAUGAACAAAAAACUUGUUCUUUUAUUUUAAUUUUAAAAGAGGAUACUGUGAUAUGGUUUGUUAUUGCCCGAUCCUGCUUUGCUUUCUUCCUCUCAUACUGACUCCUCAACAGCUUUGCCUUUUCUUCUCCACUCCUUUGUUUUCUAUGAUGUUCGCUAAAAGGGCACGUUCAUGCGACACGCGCAGAAACUCCCGUUUCCGCAGAGAUGCGAGGAGCCGCGUUGAGCUCCUCCCAGAGGGACUGUCAUUCAUACAACUCAGGAAACCCCAUCGGACCAUAGCAUCGACGCAUCCCACGUGCACACGCCACACCACGUUCUCGCGCUCGCGUGCGCGUCCGUGCUUCUUGGCGUUCCUGUAGUGCGUAG